ACAAAGCAGCAGCGCGUCCAUCGAGGACUUGAAACAGUCAGGUCCACGGUCACGUGGUCCCACGGAGCAUCCUGGCGGAUCCUGCGUGUCUCCGUGCCUCCACAUGGACCUUCCCCGUCCUCUCCGUGGUUAACCGCAGCCUCUGCCUCUUUUCUUCCGCUGUUGGCUUGUUCUCCUUUUCUUGCAGGUAGGUGGGUCCUCAAAUACGCCACAGCUGGAUGGAUUUAUGAUCGGACAGUGAACGCAACGCCAAACUAGAAGAUCUUUUGCAAACAAAAAUUUUAGAAAUGCAAAUGCAAAAAAGAAAAAAGGUGGAAAUACUGUGUGGAGGUUCGCUGGGAGAGAUGCGCCGCUGCGUUGUGCGCAGGCGGAGGCUGUUGUGCUGUUUUUGUGUCGAUUUGUGCUGCACCGGUUUGUGUUUGCAGUCCACCAAUCCAACAUCCGGAUCAGAUUUGCGUUCAUUAUUAUUAUUAUUAUUUUUUUUUUUUUAUUAAACGUGACAUUAAAUCUGAGACUUAAAAAAGGAGGGUUCACACUGGGAGAUAAUGACUCAGCAAUCAUCUGCUGACGAAAGGAAACUGAACUAACUUCCGAGAAGCGGUUGGGUUGUUUCCAUGGAAACCAGCUGGAGCCAAUGUUACCUGACACCCUCCAGCCUGUGUGUUUUGCAAAUAGGGAAUCUUGGAGUGAAGUGUGAAUAUUGAUUUGUGCAGCGCUUCCAGUGUGAUCAUUCCACCAGAGGAAGCUCAGCUGCUGAGUUAUGCCAUCCCAAAGGCUUCCUGGAUCGCCAGCCGAGAAAGAGAAGGGCUGAUCCUUGUCUUCCUCCUGGUUGUUGCUUUUUCUGCAUCCCAUCUUUCCUACCCUUCUCCCAUCAUUCUUCUUCUUCUUUGACCCUUACUUUUUACUUCUGUACUAAGCUUUUUUCCCCUAGUUUUCUCAUUUUCCGCCACUCUUCACAUCCCAAUAUGUCACCCUGCCUCACAUCCAUAUAACCAGUGGUUCUAUUCCCGCAACGCUAGCCAACUUUCCUUCAGGUCUGCUUGCUUCCUUGACAAGUCUGUUACCCCUCAACCCUCUGGCUGCUCGCAGAGUCACAUGGCUUCAGGAGGCCAUGCUCCUGACAUAGAUGUGGGAAAACCGUUACAGGUGAAGGUGGACGAGGACAAAAACGAUGCUUCUGUGGAGGAACUGGAGGAGGAAAAGGAGGAAGACUGGGAAAAGGCCCUGUCUGUAGAACGUUUUGGAGACAUUCUUAGUGAUUCUGCUUCUACUAAUGGGGAUCGAAUAGGGCGCCACUACACUGAGAAAGACUUUGAAAAUCACAGACACAUGUUUCAUCACACGCACCACCCGUUAUCCACCCACCUGCCUGCACCCCAGCGGUCCCGAAAGCGGGCGCACAGCAUAGAGAAAAGGCAUAAAAGGAGCAGAAAGAAGAAAAAGACGUCACUUCCCCCCUCCAAUGUAACACCCACCAUCCAUGAGGUGGAUGAGGAAGAGGCAGGGUCUGACACAGAAGGACAGGGGGUUGAUGCCACGCCCACAGGACUGCCACCACAGUUUAGUUUUGGGAACCAAGAUGACUUAGAGGAAUCCAUUCCACUUGCAACUGUCCACCUCGAAAAUGAGGAGCAGCCACUCCAGAGGGCAGCCGCAGCCCCUCUAAGGAAAGAGGUCGCCCAUAAUGGAGAAAUCGCUGUAAAUGGAGAGAAGAUUGAGCUGAAUGGGGAAGAAACAGCCUGCAGCAGUGCCCCACCAGGUUCAGAUCCCUCAAGUUCAACCCCAACGCGCAGCUGGUUUCGCAGAAAGCCCCUGCACCAUCGCCUCACAGGGGCCCAGCGAAACAGCUACGACCUCCGUGACCGAAUCUGCAUCGGCAGCAUGACGGCACUGGAGACUGCCGUAUACCAGCAGGUUCCCACUGAUGAGGCCGAAGCCCAAAUGCUGGCCAGUGCUGACCUGGAUGACAUGAAAAGUCACAGGUUUGAGGACAACCCCGGAGUGCGUCGUCACCUCGUGAAGAAGUCAUCUCGGUGUCAGCUGUCGCGUUCCAGCAACAGCUCCCCCCCUUUAUCCAGUCUGAAGAAGAAAAAGAGGGCAGCAGAGAAGAAAAUUCAUGAGCUCUUUGUGGAGCUGAAUGAGCUGAUUGUGGAGAAAGAGCAGGAGAUGCGUUGGAAGGAGCGCGCUCGCUGGAUCAAGUUUGAAGAAGACGUAGAGGAGGAGACAGAGCGCUGGGGAAAGCCUCAUGUGGCCUCGCUGUCAUUUCGCAGUUUGUUGGAGCUUCGUCGCACCAUCACACACGGUGCCAUCCUGUUGGACCUUGAGCAGAACACUCUGCCAGGCAUUGCCCAUCUGGUUGUAGAAACGAUGAUCAUUUCCGAUCAGAUUAGAGCGGAGGACAGACCCAGCGUUCUCCGGGCUCUGCUUCUCAAACACAGCCACCCAAGUGAUAUGAAGCAUCGCUUUCACCGCCAUCAAUCGUCUGGCAGUCUUCAUGCCAGCUUCAACCACAACCAUUCCCAAGACACCAGUCAGCCACUGGUGGCAGAGGAAUCAGAAGAGCAUCAUGAAAUCAAAGGGCCAGUUUACGACCCCAAACAAGAUGUUUUUGUCAGCCUGUUUAAAUCCCUCCACCCUCUGCCUGCUGAGAGCCAUCACGGUGCCGCCAGAUCCAUGAAAUUGCUUUCCAAGAUUCCUAAGGAUGCAGAAGCCGUCAUUGUUUUAGUUGGCUGUGUUGACUUCCUGGAGCAGCCAGCGAUGGCCUUUGUCCGGUUGAAUGAAGCGUCCCUGCUGGAGUCUGUACUUGAAGUACCCGUACCCGUACGAUUUAUUUUUGUCCUGCUCGGCCCCAGCCAGUCCAAUGUGGAUUAUCACGAGAUUGGACGCUCCUUUGCCACCCUUAUGUCUGACAAGAACUUCCACGAGGUGGCGUAUUUUGCUGACGAUAGGCAGGACCUCCUAAAUGGGAUUAAUAAGUUUCUGGACUGCAGCAUUGUCAUUCCACCCUCAGACAUUGAAGGCAAAGACCUGCUGAAGACAGUGGCCGACUUCCAGAAGCAGAUUUUGCGCAAGAGGAGGGAGAGGGAAGGGAAGAAGCAUCACCCCAUGUUAGGAGCAGAACAGGACAACAAAGAUGUGACUCCAAAUGAGGAGGAGGAGGAGGAGGACCACGAGGUAGACCCAUUGACACGCUCUGGUAUCCCAUUCGGGGGUCUGAUCCACGACAUCCGCCGGCGUUAUCCACUGUACAUAAGUGAUUUUAAAGACGCCCUGGACAUGCAGUGCAUUGCUGCGGUCAUCUUCAUCUACUUUGCUGCACUAUCCCCAACCAUCACCUUUGGAGGCCUGCUGGGAGAGAAAACAGAGGGGAUGAUGGGAGUGACUGAGCUCAUAGUCUCAACAGCAACUCUUGGAGUUUUAUUCUCUCUGUUUGCUGGUCAGCCACUCCUCAUCAUUGGCUUUUCAGGACCUUUACUGGUUUUUGAGGAAGCUUACUACAAGUUUUGUCAGGCCUACAAGUUUGAGUACCUGACCGGUCGAGUUUGGAUUGGUUUCUGGCUCAUUGGCAUCGUUCUGGUGAUUGUGGCGGCAGAGGGCAGCUUCCUGGUCCGCUACAUCUCACCCUUCACUCAGGAGAUUUUUGCUUUCCUUAUAUCCCUCAUUUUCAUUUAUGAGACAUUCUCAAAGCUAUUCAAGGUGUUUAAGGAGCACCCCCUGAUGGCUGUGUACCCCACGGACACCACUGCGGCUACAGGGUUUCCAAAUGAAGACAAUCUCAUCUUCAAUCAGCCCAACACAGCUCUUCUAUCUUUGGUGCUCAUGAUGGGCACCUUCUUUAUUGCAUUCUUCCUUAGAAAGUUCCGAAACAGUCGAUUCUUAGGUGGGAAGGCCAGGAGAAUUAUCGGGGACUUUGGCAUCCCUAUCUCAAUCUUAGUUUCAGUAUUAGUGGAUUACUCAAUCACUGACACCUACACACAGAAACUCAAUGUGCCAUCAGGCUUCUCAGUGACUUCUCCUGAUAAAAGAGGAUGGUUCAUCAGUCCAUUUGGUGACAAGCAGCCCUUCCCAACUUGGAUGAUGGGAGCAUCCGUUGUUCCAGCGCUGCUUGUUUUUAUUCUCAUAUUUAUGGAAACUCAGAUCACUUCAUUGAUAGUUAGUAAGAAAGAACGCCGGCUGAUUAAAGGCUCAGGCUUUCACUUGGAUCUCCUCCUCAUCGUUAUCCUCGGUGCCAUUUGCCCUCUUUUUGGCCUUCCCUGGCUCACUGCAGCCACUGUGCGCUCUGUCACUCAUGUCAACGCUCUCACUGUAAUGAGCAAAGCCACAGCUCCUGGCGAAAAGCCCAUGAUCCAGGAGGUGAAAGAGCAGAGGCUCACUGGACUUCUUGUGGCUGUGCUUGUGGGAAUGUCCAUUGUGAUGACGGAUGUUCUGCGCCUGAUCCCUCUUGCUGUCCUGUUUGGUAUCUUCCUGUACAUGGGGGUCACAUCUCUCACGGGCAUCCAGCUGUAUGAACGCAUUACACUCAUGGUCACUCCUGCCAAGCACCACCCUGACCACAUCUACGUCACCAAGGUGAAGACAUGGCGCAUGAACAUGUUUACCAUCAUUCAGCUGACGUGCAUCGUGGCUCUUUGGGUAGUGAAGUCCACUGUGGUCUCCCUGGCAUUCCCCUUCAUCCUCAUCAUGACAGUUCCUCUGCGCCGCCUCAUCCUUUCCAGGAUAUUCGAGGAGCGUGAGCUCCAGGCGCUGGAUUGUGAUGAAGAUUCCCCCAAUUUUGACGAAGACGGCAGAGACGAGUACAACGAGAUCCACAUGCUAGUAUAAAUUUAAUGUAAAUCCUGCCGAUAGAAAGUCUGUUCCUUCUCUAGCAGCUCUCACUGAUCAAAGCACACAAACCUCUUUGGAAACUGGACUGACUUUGGUGAUAAAGUGAAAAAAGAAAAAAGCUGUUUGUUAAACACUAUUAAAUUAUUGCUGAGUUAGCACGUUUUUGCCUUUGUUUAUGCCAAAUGUUAAAAUCACAAUGUUGAUGUUAUAUUGACUUCAUGCCCUAAGAUUUAUUUAUUUGUUAGUCAAAAAGCUAGCAGGUACCUUUGGAAAAAUACCCAAAGCAAAAAAAACACAUUUUAUCCUUUAUGUCCCUUUAAUUGUUCUGCAGGUUCUGAGCACACAUGCAAUUUUGACUUCUAGGACGACAAAAGAGGAUCAUUUUUUUGUGUUGUUCAAAAAGUGUGGUAUCAUCCAAACUAGUAAUUGUUUAGAUGAGAUGAACAAAAUCCCCAAAACCCCUGAGUGAUUGUCACUGCCUGCUGUUUAGCUGCCUUUUUUCCUCUUUGCCACUGUACUGCCAUUGUUUUUUCUGUUGCAACGACAUGCAAACAAGGAGUUAAACGGUCUUUUUCCAUUUUGUGCAGACUUUGGAAGGGGAGCACUUUAACUGAGCAAAAGUUCACAUUUGUUGCUGCCAGCCGCCCUGCCCUCUUUAAAAAGUAAUUGUCUUUGAAAGCCAAACAUCUCUGUAAAUAGAGAGGUGAGAUGUAUGAUUGUAACUUGUAAGGUUAUACCCUCAGGCCCCCUCAGUGAAUCCCCUCGAUUUACCCCAUAUAUAUAUAUAUAUAUAUAUAUAUAUAUAUAUAUAUAUAUAUAUAUAUAUAUAUAUAUAUAUAUAUAUAUAUAUAUAUAUAUAUAUGUAUUAUCCCGAUCUUUAUUUUUCUACUUUGUCCUAUCUAUAUAUAUUAUUUUGUGAUGGACUUUUUACCAUGUAAGACUCUCAGUGGUGUUAGAAUAUGAAUAGCUUACAGUGCUAUAAGAGUUAUUCUAAUAUAUUAAUAAAAAUGAAGGAACAUCAA